AUGGCGCGAGCACUGUGGGCUCUGUUCAUUUUUCAAGUAUUUAUUCAUGCCGAGGGCUUCUUCCACCGGUAUCCGAAAUUGAACCUCGGCGAGCGCGAUGGAGGUGAUGCAGGCAGGCCUCUGUUCCUCACCCCGUACGUCGAGAGCGGGAAAAUUGAAGAAGGGAGACGUCUGGCUCGCGUGCCCUUCACGGAGAGUCUUCGUAUCAAGAGUUACUCCGGAUAUUUCACCGUGAACAAGCAAUACAAUUCCAACCAAUUUUUCUGGUACUUCCCUGCGAUGGUACCCAAUAAUACGAACGCCCCCGUUAUAGUGUGGCUGCAGGGAGGCCCUGGUGCUACAUCUUUGUACGGUCUGUUCACGGAGAAUGGACCUAUCAGAGUACGUCGCAAUAAAUUCGAGAGAAGGAAGUAUAACUGGGCUGUGAGUCACCAUAUAAUCUACAUCGACAACCCUGUGGGUACAGGGUUUAGCUUCACAAAUGACAGCCGAGGGUACUGCACGGAUGAGACACAGGUUGGUGAGCAGUUGUACUCCACACUCAUACAGUUCUUCCAGCUGUUCCCUGAACUGCAGCAGAACAAAUUCUUUGUGACUGGUGAGUCUUAUGGAGGGAAGUAUGUUCCUGCCCUCGCAUACACUAUUCAUAAAAAGAAUCCAACAGCCAAGCUGAAGAUAAACAUGAAGGGAAUUGCUAUUGGUAAUGGUCUGAGUGAUCCAGAACAUCAACUGGUGUAUGGAAAAUAUUUGUACCAAAUAGGCCUUAUUGACUCAAAUGGAGCAAAACUAUUUGAGGAAUAUGAAAAUAAAACUAAAAACUUCAUCAGACAAGGAAAAUGGGACGAUGCGUUCGCCACAUUUGAUACUCUGUUGAAUGGUGACAUGAUUGAUGGUAAGAGCAUAUUCACAAACCUGACCGGCUUCAAUUUCUAUUUUAACUUCUUGCAUACAAAGGACUACACUCAGUUUGAAGAUUUUGGGCCCAUGUUGCAAAAGUCUGCAGUUAGAAAAAUGAUCCAUGUUGGAGACUUGCCUUUCCACAAUGGCACUGAAGUUGAAAAACAUCUGAAGCAGGAUGUUAUGAAGUCAGUAGCGCCAUGGAUAUCAGAGCUGUUAGACCAUUACUAUGUGGUCGUUUACAAUGGUCAGCUAGACAUCAUUGUGGCUUAUCCUUUGACAGAGAACUACCUUAAAAACUUAAACUUCACUGGAGCUGAAGAUUAUAAGACUGCUAAAAGGUAUGUUUGGAAGGUGGAUGGAGAAGUUGCUGGCUAUGUGAAGCAAGCUGGUAAACUGGUGGAGAUUCUGGUGAGGAAUGCAGGACAUAUGGUGCCCGGAGACCAGCCCAAAUGGGCACUAGAUCUGAUCACUCAUUUUACUCAUGAGAAAAUGUUUUAUAAUCCUAAAAAGGCUGUGCACUUAGGAAUAAAUUGA